AUAGGGAGGGCGGGGAGCCACGUGGUGCCAUAAAGCCCCGCUAGAGAGGGCCCGUGCAGGGAGUGUCCAGCCUACAAAAGCAAACGCUCGAGGUGGACCUGCAGCAGAAGCACCGGUGGCCAGGAAUAGGCCAUGUAUCGUGGAGCACCAAGGCUAGGUCUCAGAGGCGUGAAGGGGGUGGAGGGCUCUGUAGAGGACUUAGGGGGCUCUUGCCCAGAGGCUGCGAGGGAUUUGGGGGUACUGAGGGAGAACGGCAACCCCCGCGGGUUGGGCGAGGCAGAGGAGACAGCUGGCAGAAAGCGAGCCCGGCCGGUGCGCUCCAAAGCACGGCGCAUGGCCGCCAACGUGCGGGAGCGCAAGCGCAUCCUGGACUACAACGAGGCCUUCAACGCGCUGCGGAGGGCACUACGGCACGACCUGGGCGGCAAGAGGCUCUCCAAGAUCGCCACGCUGCGCAGGGCCAUCCAUCGCAUCACAGCGCUCUCGCUCGUCUUGCGCGCCAGCCCGGCCCCUCGCUGGCCCUGCGGCCACCUGGAGUGUUAUGGCCAGGCCGCGCGCAGCGUGGGCUCGAGGGAUCGGGGCGCCAGUCCUCCGCCUCCCGCGCAGCCGCUCGGAGGGCCCGGCCUCGCGCAUCCGGACACCGCCGGCUCCUCCGUGCCGCCUGCCCUGCGCUGUGCCUCCUGCUCUACCCACCUGCACCUGGGUCGGCCCCGGGCGAUGUCCGAGGCGCCAGGAUCGUCCCAGGCCUCCGUGGAAAGUUGGCGCCGAUGUCCCGGGGCGCUCUCAGCCGGGCCACUUCCCUGGCCACGGGGCUACCUGCGAACCGGCUCUGGGCUGGGCUACCAGCACUCCUGACCCGGUCCUCAAGCACAGGCAGACCUGGCAGGAGGAUUACCAAAGGGAAGCCUGCAGAAAGCUUCCUGCAAAGAGCAAAACGGAAUGGGCUGCGACCCCAGGGGAAGAGGAGGCUGCUGUGGCAACGAGAAGGGACUCUGAGGACAGCAGCCUCACCUCCACGUCCGCGAGUGGGUUGGCACCUCUGAGAAAGGGGCAGGAUCUUGCUUGGCUUUUAAGUUUGAACAUGUUGGACUCUUUCUGGAAAAUGGCCUUUGCAUUCCUGUGCCUCUGAGCUCUGCUUUCUGUAGCUGCUUGUGGACGGGGAGCUUGUGCGGGAGUGUAGGUGGGCACCUGCUGUGGCCCGAUGGCAGUGUGGGGGGCCCCUUCCUCUGCCUGAGCUGCUGUCCCAAAUCUCAUUUGGGAGAGGCAGGUAGACGGAGCCAAAUAAAAAGGAACACUGUUUUCUCUGUGUGUUACCAUGACUCCACUGGGCCCAGUGGCCCAGGGUGAUGGGAAAGCCUAAGGGUUGGGGUUUACCCUGGAAAGUUGGGUCAGGCUCUAAAACCCACAGAUAGGUAGGUACCCGGGGCACUGGUUCAUGGUGAGACCUCAGGAGUGGCUGAGCAUAGAGUGGGGCUCAAGGGGAAGAGAGACAUCUGGAGACCACACCCCUCCCUGUGCCCCCAGGAGUGGGAGAAGGCAUUAUCGCAGAGUUGAUGGGGCCUGGGAGGCUAAGGACAG